AUGCGAGAAUCGAAUGAGCUCAAGCGCAAGGCGCGCGCCGACGAGAAGGCCACCGAGACGCACGAAGAGAAAGCAGCUCGGCUGGAAAAGCAGCGCCUUAGCAAAACCACUGCGCGCGCCGUCGAGAAGGCCACCGAGACGCACGAAGAAAAGCGGUUCCGAGCACCUCGUACGACGAUGGACGUGAGCGACGACGACGUGAAGGCCAAAGUCGCCGACAACAUGGCUUAA